CAGUCUCUCUUUUUCUAGGAACUUGGCUGUGUGUUGCCUGGCCCGGAGACAAAGUCAUUUGUUGUAGACCCGGCCUCCGUUGCUGCCUUUGAAGAUAAGGAAAGGUGGGUAGAUCAACACAACAUAGAAUUUUCGGAGAGAUCUCAUUUCAAGGCUUCAUAAGUAAUGAGAACCACAUGGACAUGUUGAGGAGAUAGAACUGGCCUGAGUCUGAAUGAAAGGAUGAUGUGCACCCAACCUAUAACUAACACCAAGGAAGCCAAGUGGCAGAAGGUCUUGUAUGAGCGACAACCCUUCCCUGAUAACUAUGUGGACCGGCGUUUCCUGGAAGAACUCCGGAAAAACAUCUAUGCUCGGAAAUACCAAUAUUGGGCUGUGGUGUUUGAGUCCAGUGUGGUGGUACAGCAGCUGUGCAGUGUCUGUGUUUUUGUGGUUAUCUGGUGGUAUAUGGAUGAGGGUCUUCUGGCGCCCCACUGGCUUUUUGGGGCAGGCCUGGCUUCUUCACUGCUUGGGUAUGUUUUAUUUGAUUUCAUUGACAGAGGCGAAGGGCGGAAGAAGAGUGGGCGGACCCGGUGGGCUGACCUGAAGAGUGCCCUGGUCUUCAUUACUUUCACCUACGGCUUUUCACCAGUGCUGAAGACCCUUACAGAAUCUGUCAGCACCGACACUAUCUAUGCCAUGUCGGUCUUCAUGCUGCUAGGCCACCUCAUCUUCUUUGACUACGGUGCCAAUGCUGCCAUUGUAUCCAGCACACUGUCCUUGAACAUGGCCAUCUUUGCUUCUGUCUGCCUUGCCUCGCGUCUUCCCAGGUCUCUGCAUGCCUUCAUCAUGGUGACGUUUGCCAUCCAGAUUUUUGCCCUGUGGCCCAUGUUACAGAAGAAACUGAAAGCAUGUACUCCCCGGAGCUACGUGGGGGUCACACUGCUUUUUGCGUUUUCAGCCUUCGGAGGCCUGCUGUCCAUUAGUGCUGUGGGAGCCAUACUGUUUGCCCUUCUGCUGAUUUCCAUCUCAUGUCUCUGCCCUUUCUAUCUCAUUCGCCUGCAGCUUUUUAAAGAAAACAUCCAUGGGCCCUGGGAUGAAGCUGAAAUCAAAGAAGAUUUAUCCAGGUUCCUCAGCUAAAUUAGGGAUCUCCAUUACAUUUCUAAGGCAAGCUGAUAGGCUAACCUCCUAACUAGUAUAAAAUUUGUAGUCAUUUUCUAUUCUGAAAGCAGCAUGCUGAUAUGAUGAGAGAACAGAGAUCUAAAGAAAAAAAAAACUAAAACAACCAAAGGGUGGUGAUGGUGCUCAACCUGUUACUUUAUGGAUAAACAAGCUUUCUUGGACCCUCUUGAAUUAUUGCCUCUCAUUUAUUAUUCACCGUAAUAAAUGAAGUGACAUGGUUUCUAUUAAAUAACAGCACAUCCA